CAAACCGACUUUACGGACAAAAUAUAUGAAUGCGCCGGAAUGACGAAUUACACUCCGCUCGUGGACAUAAAAGAUUAUAGAUGCAGCCACAGAACUGCCACUGCAUGCGGGGACUAUACAUUCGGAUUUCAAUGUCAAGACAGCGCAUAUCUAACUACACAGAAUUAUUAUCAUUGCAGUUUGAAUAUUGACAUUCAAAAUGAGACUUCCUAUUCUUGUAACAGGUGUUUUAAUGACACUUUGGGUAUACACCGCAACAAUUCAUUCUGCGACGCUGACUUUAAACUAAACAUACUUUCAGUUGUAUUUGAAAGUGCUUUAAAGGACUUAUGGCUUAGUCUUCCGGUGCUUCAAGCUUGCCAUUGGGACCAGUUAAAUUGUUUUCACAACCAUUUCGAUCGAAAUUAUAGCGGUAGCAGUACUUCGGAAGCGUUACAGUGCAAAUGGAAGUUCAAAAAUGAUUCUUUGCAGUCAAUUACAAGAAUCGAGUACGAUUGGAGCUUUCUAUUUGUAAUCAUGUUUAUAAUAGCCGGCGGAGUGGGUAAUAUAUUGGUUUGCUUGGCAGUGUGCUUGGAUAAAAGACUACAAAAUGUAACAAAUUAUUUUUUGCUGUCAUUAGCUAUUGCUGACUUGCUAGUCAGCUUAUUCGUCAUGCCAAUGGGGGCAAUACCAGGAUUUCUGGGUUAUUGGCCACUUGGCGUGGCGUGGUGCAACGUGUAUGUGACGUGCGAUGUGCUAGCAUGCUCCGCGAGCAUCAUGCAUAUGUGCUUCAUCAGCAUCGGCAGGUAUGUGGGUAUUCGUAACCCACUGAAGAGUCGCCACCAUUCCACCAAGAGAGUUGUCUUAAUAAAAAUAGCACUUGUAUGGCUACUAAGCAUGAUAGUUUCGAGUUCUAUAACAGUAUUGGGUUUAAUUAACAAAAAAAACAUCAUGCCUAAUCAAGGGCUCUGCGUUAUCAACAACCGACUUUUCUGGAUAUUUGGAUCACUCGUCGCUUUUUACAUGCCGAUGUUGACAAUGGUAGUUUCAUUUGCACUAACGGUCCACCUCUUGAAGAGACAAGCCAAACUGGCGGCUACGCCAGUAUCUGGAGGCACUCAAAGAAGGCUAUGCGGCUUCAACACUGGACAACCUGGCAUACGGCGGAUCGGAGCUAGAAGUUCACCCAAUCUGUCCACAAGUAGAUCAGUAACCAGGCAGACUACUUGGAGGGUAGCAGGAAUAUCUGCAAGCCGUCAUGAAAGUAACAAGAUGGGAUUGAGUGUUUCACAUCCAGAACUAAGCUACUUAAACGGCGCAGAAACAAAAAGGAGUAAAAGAGCGCGUAACGUCAGCACCCAGACACCGCCCAAUAUAGGUGUAGAAACAAGAAAGGCCAGGACUAGGAGACUAGUACCGCCGAAACUUAUACAUGCUGCGAACCCAUUGACGUUGAGAUUUUUACCCUACCGGAAAAAGGACCGCGCGAUGACUGCUAAUGCCGUAGCAAAUGAACAAAAAGCUACCAAAGUACUCGGCUUGGUGUUUUUUACAUUCGUGUUAUGUUGGGCUCCAUUCUUCUUAUUAAAUAUCCUAUUUGCUUCGUGUCCGACAUGUUCUGUCCCAGAUAACGUGGUGGACGUAUGCCUCUGGCUGGGAUAUGUUUCAUCGACUAUCAAUCCCAUCAUCUACACUAUUUUCAAUAGAACUUUUCGAGCUGCAUUCCUACGGUUGCUUUGCUGUCAAUGUUCAAGACGCGGGCGCUGUACACUGUAUCGAUCCGCUGUGGGGUCCACACGCAGCGCUUCGCAGUUAUGCGCACAGUCGGCGUUACCGUUGGCGAUAUCUCUCCGCUCCUCGAACAUGAAUGAAGUCGCAGUGCCAGAUACAAUCGAGACUAUUAUGAUUGAACCAACAUUGCCAAACUUUCGUCACUAUUAGGU